AUGGCUUCUUCUUCUUCUUCUUCCACCUAUACUUAUCACGUCUUUCUUAAUUUCAGAGGUGAAGACACUCGUGACAGCUUUAUAAGCCAUCUCAAUGCGGCUUUAUGUCGAAGAAAGAUAAAAACUUUCAUCGAUAACCAACUUAUUAGGGGAGAUGAAAUUUCGCUUUCUCUUUUGAAUGCAAUUCAAGAAUCAAAGAUUUCUGUCGUCGUUUUUUCAGAAGGCUAUGCAAGUUCUAAAUGGUGCCUUGAAGAACUUGUAAAGAUCCUUGAAUGCAAGAACAAGUACGGGCAGAUCGUAAUACCAGUUUUCUAUCAUGUAGAUCCAUCAGUUGUUAGGAAUCAAACCGGGACAUUCAGGGAUGCAUUUUCUAAGCAUGAAGAGCGUUUCAAGGAUAACUCAGAGAAGCUGCAAAAAUGGAGGAAUGCUUUGACGGAAGCUGCAAAUCUAUCAGGCUUCGAUUCAAAUGUCAUCAGGUCUGAAUCACAACUUAUAGAAAAAAUAAUCCAAGAUGUGUUGAAGAGAUUGAAUCAUAUGUCCCCAAGUGAUAAUAAUGACUUGAUUGGAGUAAAAGCUAGCAUCGAGAAAAUUGAGUCGCUGUUAUGCAGUGGGUCAAGUGAUGUUUUUGGACAAGGUAUUUGGGGUAUCGGCGGUAUAGGUAAGACAACUCUUGCUGAAGCUGUGUUCAACAAAAUCUCAAGCCGAUUUCAAGAUUCUUAUUUCGCUUACAAUGUCAGAGAAGAAUCAGAGAAAGAUAAACUUAUUCGAUUGCGGCAAGAACUUCUUUCAACUAUACUAGAUGAGGAGUAUCCUAACACAAGACUCACCUUCACCAAAGAAAGGCUUCAAUCAAAGAAGGUUCUUAUUGUUUUUGAUGAUGUCACACAUUUAAAACAAAUAGAAGAUUUGAUUAGAGAUUACAAAUGUUUGUGUCCUGGAAGUCGAAUCAUUAUAACAACAAGAGAUAAGAGAGUGCUUAAAAACUGUGGUAUAGAUGAAGCUAAUAUAUUUAAUAUUGAGGAAUUAUGUGAAGGUGAUGCUCUUCAAUUGUUCAAUCGGUAUGCCUUCAAACAAAACUCUCCCCCCAAAGACUAUAUUGAGUUUUCGAUAAGGGUAGCAAGAUAUUGUAAAGGUGUUCCGUUGGCGCUUAAAUUAGCCGGUUCCUUUCUAUUUGGUCGGAGACUACAAGAUUGGCAAAGUGCAUUAGUUAAACUAGAAAGAACUCUUCCUAAGGAUAUCCAAAAUGUACUAAAAGUAAGUUAUGACGGACUAGAUGAUCAAGAACGUGAUAUAUUUUUAGAUAUUGCAUGUUUCCUUAAAGGGGAGGGUAAAAAUGUUGCAACAGAAUUCUUGGAUGCUUGUGGCUUCUCUGCUGAGAUUGGAAUAGAUGAUCUAAUUGAUAAGUCUCUAAUAAGUGUAUCAGAUGACAAGAUUAAAAUGCAUGAUUUGCUUCAAGAGAUGGGCAAGGAAGUUGUUCGUCAGGAAUCAAUUAAAUUUCCUGGAAAACGCAGUCGGUUGUGGCACCAUGAAGAUAUCAUUCCUGUAUUGACAAAAAAUACGGGAACCAAAAGAAUUGAAAGCAUAAGCUUGGAUAUGUCUAAAUUAACAAAAGACAUACACAUAAAUUCUUGUGCUUUCAGAAAGAUGCAUCGAUUGAGAUUCCUCAAAUUCUAUAGCUCAUCAUGGUGCUUAGCGAAACAGGUGCAUGCUUCUCAAUAUCUCCAAUGUAGCUCAACUGAGCUAAGGUAUCUUUACUGGAUUGGAUGCCCGUUGAAAUCACUCGAAACAAAUUUUCACGUAGAGUUCCUUGUUUCACUUGUGUUGUGUCAUAACAAAGUUGAACAUCUGUGGGAUGGUGUCCAGUUGAAAUUUCUUAAAUAUCUUACUCUCUCGGGUUGCUCAAGACUUGAAAGGUUGCCCGAUGAAUUUGGAAACUUGGAAGCUUUAAAGCAACUUCAAGCUGAUGGAACUGCCAUAAGAGAAGUACCAUUUUCCAUCACCUGUUUGAACAAACUUGAACAUUUGUGCAUAAAAACUCAAUCAUUAAAGGGUUUGGUAUUGCCUUCUUUAUCAGGUUUGAGCUCCUUGACAUUUCUAAAUCUGAAUGGCUGUCGAAUCAUCAAGUUACCUGACAGUAUUGGUGAGUUGUACUCACUGCAACGAUUGUUUCUUGGUGGAAACAAUUUUGAGAGUAUACCAGCAAACAUCAAAUGGCUUUCCAAGUUAAGUUACCUGUGCUUAAACAAUUGUGGAAGGCUUCAAUCCUUACCAGAGCUUCCAGGGGGUACAAAAAAUGUAGAUGCUUACAAUUGUGUAUCAUUGGAAAAAUUGUCACCUUUAUCAGGUCUAUUUGGAUUUAAUCUCGCCAAUUGUUUCAAAUUUGAUCUGAAUGCACUGCAAGACAGUUUGAAAGGUCAUCUACUAAGAGCUCAAGAAGUGAAACCAUGGACGGCCCCUCCACAGGAAUUUUAUCAGAGUUGUAUUUGUUAUACGGGAAAUGAAAUUCCAGAGUGGUUUAGCUUUCCAGUUAUGGGGUCUUCUAUGAGUAUCGAAGUUCCACCAUAUUGGGACCGUAAAAUCUUGAUUGGUUUGGCUUUUUGCGCUGUUGUAGAAUUUCCAGAUCAUAUGGCUAGCAAACAUUUAUAUAUUUCGUGUUGUUUCAAGACCAGAGAUGGUGAUCAGAUCGAAUUUCGUAGCUUUGCUUGGGAAGCCUCUACUACUUUUGAGCCUUUAGCCCUACAGCAUGAUCACGUGUUCAUCAGUUUUCAUCAUGUUAGGUGCAGCGCAUCAAAUCAAGAACCUUUUGAGUUAAGAGACAUCGAAUUUGAGGCUCGUAAUGAUGAAUGGAGUUGCAAGGUGAAAAAGUGUGGUAUCCAUUUAUUAUAUGGUCAUGUCGAAACCAAUACAAGUCUUAACUCUGGUGAGGAUGAAGAGGAACCAGAACCCAAGAAAAUGAAAUAUUCAGAAAUCGUUCAAAUGAUAGAGAGGUACGGUGUAGAAGAUCAAGUGAUUUCAUUUGAAUUCACUGCUGAAAAUCAGAAGAAGAAUUCCAGUGAAGAUCCUGCUGAAGACCAGAAAAUUAAGUCUGCUAUACCUGCAUAUAACUGA